AUGACUCUACCUUGUAUAUCUAAAGAAUAAUUAUAGGUAUAAAGAUAUGAUACUUUUUGCACAUAUCUCCCUUAGUUUACCAUGUCCUGGUCACCUCAAAGCCAGACAAUCCACUGCAAUUUUGCUGAAAUUUGUCUUUACAACUUACAGGAUUUCAUGCAAAUUCUUAAGUCCUGUGUGCAAAAUCAGACUCAUGCAGACAGACUUAUGUCCAACCCUCCUCCCUCUUUAGUCCAACCAGAAUGAAAGAAGCUCCAGCACAGGCUUCAGUCACACGUUAAAAUAGAGUGAGCCCACAUCUUCGUUGAACUUCUCUCAGGGACAAACUUUCCUACAUGGAUGAAGGCUCAUGCAUUGAAUGCUGUUUCCAAAUAUAUCAUUAAAAGAGGUGAUGGACACAUUGAAGUAACAUUAUUGCUGGCUGAGGAAGCCAAGAACAUGGCCAAGAACAUGGGGCACACUCGCCUUUACCUGUACAUCUGCAAUAUGUGUCUGUUACCUAUAAUGGAAAUGAUUUAAGAGCAGCUAUUCAAGAUCGCCUUAUUGGACCAGAAACGAAAGGAAUGAGAGGGAUUUUUAAGGUAUCAGAAUGUUUAUGAAUUUCAGGAGGGUCCGAAAAUGUAAAUUCCUACAGAUCGUUUUCACGUGCUUCAUCCUCUCGGCACUUAUGCUGAACUGGGAACAGGUGGACCAUCAUGUUGUGAGCCAUGUGAAAUCUUACUCUUACCGCUACCUGAUCAACAGCUAUGAAUUCAUUAACCACUCCUUCAGCAUUAGCCACGAAAAAGCUACCAGCAUCGGUAACUUUCCAUACCUCAUGGACCACAAGGACACAUGUAGAGGGCAGGACGUGCUGCUUCUUCUCUUCAUUAAAACCUCCCCGGUGCACUUUUUGAGAAGGCAGGUGAUACGGUCUACCUGGGGGAACCAGACUUACAUCAACAGGGAGCUGGGUGUCAUUGUGAAGGUGGUGUUUGUUAUGGGUAUCCAGCCAAAUGGGGGACGUGCUAUUCAGAAACAGCUUCAGACUGAGGACCAGAUCCACAGAGACUUGGUCCAACAGGCUUUUCUAGAUACUUUCCACAACCUUACUUUAAAACUCCUGCUGCAAUUCCGCUGGGCACAUGCCAACUGUGCCCAUGCUCGCUUUGUAAUGUCUGCCGAUGAUGACGUAUUUGUCCACGUACCAAACCUGGUCCGGGAGCUCCAAGUGCUCAGCAACCAGGGCGUCGCAGAUCUCUGGAUUGGUCACGUUCACCGCGGUGCUCCUCCUAAUCGACGUAAGGACAGCAAAUACUACAUGCCAUUCCAGAUCUACCAGUGGUCCUCCUACCCAGACUACACGGCAGGAGCGGGUUAUGUAGUGUCUGCAGAUGUAGCUGCCAAAAUUUACCAGGCCACUUUAUCUCUCAACGCUUCCUUCCAUAUUGAUGAUGUUUUCAUGGGCAUCUGCGCAAUCACUGUUGGGGUGUCGCCCCAGCAACAUGUUUACUUCUCAGGUGAGGGGAAAGCCCCAUAUCACCCAUGCAUUUUUGAAAAGAUGAUCACCUCUCAUGGACAUGUGGAUGAUGUCCGGUAUCUUUGGAAAGUUGCGACUGCCCCAGAGGUAAAUGGCAUCUCUUCAGGUUUCUUUGGGCAACUAUACUGCACAGCUGUGAAAAUAAAGCUUCUCUGUUUUCCUUACUUUUUAAACAGCUAUUCCUGCAAAGCAGCUUUUUCAUGAAGGAGUAUUAGAUCUACUCUGUUACUCAGUAUUUAACUGUACAUCAUAAUGUGAUAAAUGUUUUUUCUAUAUGCUAAAAAAAAAUAAUAAUAUUUUUUUAAGCUCUUGUUGACCUUAAAAUAAGCUUAACUUAUUAACUUGAACCCAAUCUUUUGCUGAAGAUUUUCGGGACAUUUGAAGGAUCUACCUGGGGAGCUGUGUGCUAUUACACAGAUCCACAUAAAGAGUCACUGGAUUUUCUUUAUUGUUACAGUCGAUGUUGCUGCUGUUGUCUGGUUAUUAAAAAAUAUUGUUUUGAGCAGAAUUGCUGUUUUAAAUUAAAUAAAAAUACUGCAUACAAAUUUCUUUGUAUUUGUCUUUGUAUGUGUCUUUUUUUUUUUUUUUUCAAAAGAGCAAAACUAGAAACUUCCUGUCACUGGCAUUUGCCGAGACAGUUAUCACAGACCACAUCACUCUUUUUAAAUAAUUCCAUAUGAGAAGCAAUACACUUUUGCUGAAUUAGCAUUAUUUCUCUAUUCCAGACC